UUAUAUUUUUCUUUUUUCCCUUAAUAUUUAAACAAUCACAGCUUUAAAGUGUUAGAGGCGUGUCUUUCUCCAUAUCGACGUGAUUAAAACUGGCCUCAGUGGCUCAAAGCUUUGCAGACAGCACAAUGUCUGCAGAGAUAACAGACGAAGUAACUCGACUGAGAAAACCCCGUUUCUCUUUCGAAGAGAACCAGAUCCUAAUACAGGAAGUCAGAGCCAAUUACGCUAAACUCUUUGGGGUACGCAGCAAAAGGCUGAGUACAGCAGAAAGACGAGGAGUAUGGGAAAACAUUGCCACCAAAAUCAAUGCCAUCACUAGCUGGAAAAGAACUGGGCAGGAAGUCCAGAAGCGCUGGAAUGAUUUGAAAAGGCGGACGAAAGAGAGACUAUCCCGUGUCCCUCAUUCUACCCAAGGGCCCAACACUGUGGCGACAUGCGAAGAAACCCUGUCAGCUGAGGAGGAGUUGAUCUUUGGCAUCGUGGGGCCAGCAACUAGCGGUGGUGAAGGAGUGGACUGCGCAAGCCCAGCAGGAACGCAGCAGCAAGAACAUCCAAUCAGUGAUCCUGCUGCUGGUUCCAGCAGUUCUGCUAGCUUCUCAGAUAAUGUCAGGGAUGACAUUCUUCUGCAGCCAAAACUGAGUGAUUCACCACCACCAUCCUGUACUGAACAAGUUUCCCAGAUUAGCCCAUUUCUCAAAAUGUCACCACAGUCAGGAGGGUCAAUUCCCCAGCAAUCACCUUUUAGUCCCCAGCAUCCCCUAGUGGACAGCAUGGCUGAAUAUUCUGUGGGGCAUUGUAAUUCCCCACCUCUUCGCCGUCGUAGACUUCAACUUGAGCAGCCGUUAGUACCUGACACUGCACUGGACUUUUUGCAGACUCAGAGGGAAACAGCUGAAGCUAUAAGGGAUUUAGCUGCAACCAUUCGAGAAGGUUUUGACAAACUCACAGGUGUAGUGGCCUCAAUUUUACCCCUCCUACAAGAGAGGUCUGUUUUUGGAGCUGCUGGAAUAAAAAGCAAUUUAAGUGAGAGCUCUGCUUCAGGACUGAUGAUGCCAUUUUCAGUGCCACCUACAGGGGCUACAGCUUUAAGUACUGAGACUUUAACAACAAAAGUGGAAGACCCACCAUCUUCCCCAGGAGAGCCUUCGUUGGAAGCAGGAACCUCUGCAGGGGGUGAUGACAGUGAAGCUGAACAGGUGACACAAGAAACUUGCAGUUCUCGUCCUGUAGAAGGACAAAAAGACAACCAUCCUAUUUCAAGAAAAAGAAGGGGAAGGCGUAGAGCUAUAUGACAACUAGACACAAUAAUCUUGACACUUAAUUACAGUACACAAAGUAAAUUAAAAGACCGUGAAAAGCAGUGUUCAUUUGUGUUCCAUUAACCAGUGGUUUUGAUCAUGUAUUGGCUUCCAAACAAAAUUCAGUCUACAACAGACAUAGCAAGCAUUAAUUUUCUUCUUCAGGCACCUUGCUGACUAAUCAAAAGGGGCUUCUGCCAACAUUGCUGCAUGCAGAGAUGACUGGAGUCCAAUUAGGCAUUCAGAACUUGUGGGUUUUGUAAAUCUGAUUUCUGGCAGUAGCAGUACUUUAUAUUUUCCUUGCUAAAACAAGGUCGCUAUACACCAGUAGUAAGAAAUACAGAAAGUGUUCAUAAAGGUGCAGUAGGUGUUGAGCACUGUUACCUUUUUCUACUGUUUGUUGAAAAACUGGCUAUUGCUGUGAAGAGUUGUCACAUGCACUGGAAUACAGUGAAAGAUUUAUUUCUGAGCACAAAGCAUUUUUUUUAAAAAGCCCCCCCCCCCCCAAAAAAAAAAAAAGUAAAGUUUGUAAGUACCAUUGGAAUGGUCUCUGUCGCCUGUAUAAUUAUUUCUACAGAUAUUAUUCCUGAGAUAUUACACUCAUAACAUACCUGUUGCCGAUUAUGUUAUGUUAAUUAUUAAAACAUUUGAAGUGGGUAUUGGAUCAGUCAUUACGUGGAAGGAUAAUACAUUUGUUCCAUUCUGUGCAUCAUAUGAAAACACCCUGGGAUUCCAAAAGAUUUUCACCAUCUGCACUAAUUAGCCAUAGCAGGUUGGUCACUUAGCAUGGCAGAAUUUCAUUCAGAGAUAUGGUACACCAACACAGAGAAAUAUCUCAUUAGCAUGUCUCUGAAUCAAACCUGCAUUAUCAGAUCUGACAGUGCCGGUGUUCUCCUUGCCAGUCCCUGUAUCAGUGAUAAGAUAAUCACCCCAACACAUGCACACAAACACACACACACACAGACACUCUGUCUCACACUAACACAUGCAUGCACACACGUCCAUGCAUCCACAGAAAAGUUCCAUAAUGCUUAUGUGCACAUGUAUAUAUAUACACACACACACACAUUCACACAUUCAGCCACAUUCAUGCUGUCUGAAGACGCACACACGUACACCACUAUAAUAACUUUGCUAUUCUUACCUAUAUUUGCAGUGUUGAUCACCACUAUUCCCAUAGGAGUGAAUGUGUAAAAGCUGUCAAAAGUUGCUAUUCACUUUUUCCUCUUAAAGAAAAAAAUUAACUGUGCAGACUUGAUCUGGAAUUGCUACCAUUGCUGGGGAAGAGAACCUUAAGGCUUCUGCAUCAUGGUAAUGCUUUCUGAAUCCUCUACUUAUUUUGCAACUUCAUGGGUCAUAUUAGUUAAAAGCAAUUGUUUAACAUAUAUACAGUUCAGUAGUAACAAAGAACGUAUGUCUAUGAGGGCUGUUAUAACCAGCUGACAUGGUGAAUGCCACUACCACAGUUUUUUUUUUUUUAAUUCUUGGCUGUUUCUUAUAAAUGUAAUCGUUUGUGUUAGUUACAUAAACUACAACAGUAAUUGUACAGCAAUAGUGUAUGGCAAAGGAAUAUGAAAAUGCUGAUCAUUUCCAUGGAUUCCUUUAUGCUUUGGGAAGAAAGUACAUAGCUUGGCUAUAUUCUGAUUUCUUUUGCACUUAAUUUAUUUCCUCCAGUAACUGUUGUUAAAUGGCAUGAUGUGGUUAUUUAAUGUUACUCUAGCUGUGCAUCUGCAUUGUGUAAUAACAGGCUAUUCAUUUUAUCUCAGACUACAGAGCAGCAUAUUUAAAUGCUAUACCAAAAGUACCAUGCUAAGUGCUGACAUCCAGGAAUUAAAUGUCAGAGUACCAUAUUCGUGAAAAUAUCCUUAAUAGUUAUGAAAUGGGAGUUAGAGAUAAAAUUGAAAUAUAAGCUACA